GGAUGGGAUUACUAUCCCUUGUUGUCCACAUAACAUCCUAUCUCUUUCUCAUACUCUUCUCUCACACACACAGAGGAAAGAAGCUAUUGAUGGAGAAGAUAUGGCAAAACUCAAGCCUCCUGCAUUCAACAUCUAAACAGCAUCACCAACCACCACCGCCACCACUAGCAACCACCACCACUUCCCCUGCAGUUAUCAAACUGUCGCGUAGACACCUCGCAAUCUGCACCAACUCCUCCCUCCUCCUCCUCACUUCCCAAUUUCAACCCACAGCAAAAGCACAAGAACAAACCCUAUUCCCACCGGAAAAUCCCCAAACCCUAGACGACAAUCCAGUUGACACGACUAACACCACCACAACUCCCGCCGACGACAAUCCACUUGACACUACCACCACCACUACUCCAAUCGAAGCCAACCCCGUCGAGACUACCACCACCGCCACCCCCGUCGAAGAAAACCCAAUUGAGACUAGCGCCACCACCACUCCCGUCGAAGAAAACCCUGUUGAGACUAGCGCCACCUCCAAUGUAACCGAAGAGAAUCAAUCAGAAACUAGCAUCACCGCCAGUUCCACCGACGAGACUAGUAGCGUUACCACCAAAGACGUUCCAGACACCAAUGACUCCACCACCGCCUCUACCACCGUAGACAGCUGCACCGACAAACUUCCAACCAAGCGCGCUUUCCUAGACAUAUCAAUCGACGGCAAACCCAUCGGACGAGUCGUCAUUGGGCUGUACGGAAACUCCGUCCCCACCGGAACUACUAGGUUCAGCGAUUUCGUCAGUGGAGCAGCAGGUGUGAGUUACAGAAGAAAAGAGUUCAUAAAAAUCACACCAAGCUACAUCCAACACGGCGGCGUUAGAUCAUACGGCGUCGACGCUGAACUCGCAGCAAAAACCGGGAGAAGUUUUGCAGUCAACAAUCUCGUUUCCGAAUUAGAAAAAGAAAACGGAAAAUGUCCGGGGACUAAAAACGUCGCCGGAACAGUUGGGAUUAUCGUGCGGGACCCACUGAAGCCGCCUCCGAAGCAAAAAUUGGUAGCUCGAAAUGGUAAACUGGUGAUUGAUGAAGAGGAAAUCGGGAAAGAACCAAAUGGGACGGAGUUUUUGAUAUCAACAAAAGAUUCGCCGGAGUUGGAUGCAUCAACGUUGGUUGUCGGGAAGGUUCUAGAAGGUAUGGAAGUUGUUGAGAAGAUGAGUCAGGUUAAAACUGUUCAGGAAAACACUAGUUCUCCCUAUUUCAGGGUGGCGAAGUUGAUCGGAGAUAAAAGGGCAGUGGUGGCAGAGAGAGGGUUUAACAGACCCUAUUCAAAAGUAAUUGUUACUAAUUGCGGGUUAAUGGCGUAA